CAAAAAUUGACGGUUGAUUUUAUAGCUUUAUACAAUUUACUGUUUUCCUUCUUUUGACCGUCGAUAUCUACUCCCUAGCCUAGUAUUUGAAGGUCAAUUUUUUUUUGUGUCAUACGCAAUUUACAUUGCUUAUCAAACGGAGGUAUAAAUCAGGGAAGCUCCCGGGCCGUGAUAUCCAGAAACAAUCUUCGAUUACUUUUGGUGCGAAGGAUAGCGAGAGAUAGAUUGCGUUUAUUUGGAGGCUUUUGAGAAUGGAAGCGUGGUACAUGAAGGACAUUCAGGAAAAUGAAGAUCAACGGCUUCCUCAUCACUGUGAACCGAAGGAAUACGUUUCCCUGGAGAAGCUAGCGGAUUUGGGAGUUCUGUACUGGCACUUGGAGGGUGACAAUUACGAAACCUGUGAAGAGCUAGAGCGGAUCCGUAAGGAGAGGGGUUACAGUUACACGGACACUAUCACGUGCUCUCCCGGUAAACUUCCAAACUAUGAGGAGAAGCUCAAGAAUUUCUUUGAGGAGCACCUCCACCUGGACGAGGAGAUUCGGCUGGUGUUGGAGGGCAGCGGUUACUUUGAUGCGAGGGAUCACAAUGAUAGGUGGAUCAGGAUUUGGGUCAAACAAGGGGAUUUGAUUGUUUUGCCUGCAGGGAUGUAUCACCGUUUCACCAUGGACAGUGCUAACUAUACUAAGGCGAUGAGGUUAUUUGUAGGUGAGCCAGUGUGGACUCCAUACAACCGCCCUUAUGAUGAACAUCCCGUGAGGAAAGAGUAUAUCGACAAUUUCAUCAAGAAGGACGACACUUCCUCUGCCGUUGAAGCGCAUUAGUAAUUUUAACUUUUAAGAGUAACUGAUUGUGUGUGUCCAAUAUGUAAGCAAUCCAGUCAUUAUGUGUGUAACGUUGUGCGGUACAUUCACGCGAGUAAGGGAGAAAUAAAGGCAUCUAUAUAUAUAUAUAUAUUAAUAUAUAUACACACGUGAUUGUGAUUUCAGGUGGGGUGAAGUGCGUCCAUAUGUGGCAACUUCUUGUUUUGCUUUAGUCGGGGAAAUGUAACAGAUGAAUGUCAUAAUAAUAAAUGAUAAACAGUGUAAUCGAAGUAGUUCUGGAAAUAAAAAAUAAUUGAAUAAAGAGAAGAAUAAAAGAAGCUGUCCAGAGUUGGUCUCUGCA